AUGGGUACAGGAAAGAAAGAGGCCUCUCGUAAAGAGAGGCAGGGAAAGCCCAAGGAUGGCAUGGGCAAUGUCAAAACCAAAGGUGAAAAUUUCUACCGCGAUGCCAAGAAGCUCAAGACCUUGAACAUGUUCAAGGAUGGCAAGGCUCGCCGUAAUGCUCAGGGUGAAAUCACCGUGUCGGCCAGUUAUCAAUCCAGAGAUCUGCCCACAGCUCGCAUCGAGCCAAACCGUAAAUGGUUUGCGAACUCCCGAGUCAUCUCCCAAGAGGCCCUCACCUCGUUCCGCGAUGCCGUUGCCGAGCGUGCUUCCGACCCUUACCAAGUUCUUCUCAAGACCAACAAGCUCCCCAUGAGUUUGAUUCGGGACGGUGAUGGAAUCAACGGUCUCAAGCAGCACCAAGCUAAGAUGGCCAUCGAGACCUCCCCCUUCAACGAUACCUUCGGUCCCAAGGCUCAGCGCAAGCGUGUCAAGCUCGGUGUUUCUUCGCUCGAGGAUUUCGCCGGCGAGUCCGCUCGCUCGCAGGACAGCUACAGCAGGAAGAACGAUGAAGGGUUCCACGCUGAUGGAAGUGCGAUCGUUCGCGGAGAUGACACUGCCGCGGUCGAGGACUUGGGUCUUCUCACUACCUCUCGCGAGUCUGUCUUCUCCAAGGGUCAAAGUAAGCGUAUCUGGAACGAACUGUACAAGGUCAUCGAUUCUUCCGAUGUCAUUAUCCACGUUCUGGAUUCUCGUGAUCCCAAUGGUACUCGUUGCAGAAGCGUGUUGCUGUAA